AUGGCAAGCAGAAAAAGCCUCUUAGCUGUGGUGACUGUGCUGUUUUGGACAUCACUGGUCGCAAGCCCUCUGCAGAGUUUUAUUCAUCAUAUAAAUAAAAGACAGCUUGGUGGUGCGUCCCUGCGUUGCGGUUGCGGGGACGACGCUGCCAAACAUCGCUGGGAGCCAGUGAGCGACACAUGUCCCAUGGGUUGUAUGACAUUUAGGGUCAACGAAGGCUCGGUCAGAUCCAGGGAAGGGAGAAACUAUCUCAUCAGCAGAAAUGAGGCUCGGUCCUACUGCGCAGAAAUAGGUGGCAGACUGGUCGAUAACCUCAUCUACAGCCUGCAAGACACGCCCCGUUGCUGGUCGGACCUGGAGCACUGGAUCCAAGGUGCAGGAUAUGUGGAUCCUUUUCCUCGAUUCACGCAACCCAUCACUUUCUGGACAGGAGGGGUUGUAGAACAAGUGUUAAAUGGCGGACAAAGAAUUCGAGUGAAGUGGAAUGGCGGUCCCGUCGAUGUUUUGGACCUCCCUAAAAUAAGUAUCGGUACUCCGAAGAAGGGCGAUUCUUUAGUGCUUCGCUACAGCGGCAGCAACAGGGCCGUCAGUGCCACUGAUCACAGGCUAGCGUUCCAGUUUACCAACAAUGGGAACGAUCUUCACUUUCCUCUCUGCAGCAGGAAUUGUUCUGUUGACAUAUGUGACGACCCAACUGACGUGAUGUUUAUUCUGGAUGCUUCUAGCAGCGUUCUUGACGAAAAUUUUGAAAAGAUGAAGGCCUUCGUGAAAGAAGUCAUACAUGGCUGGGAAAUAGGAACAGUUCGCGCCGGAAUGAUAACCUAUGCAUUGCCUGCUUCCACAAAACUGGAAUUCGAUCUGAAGACGUAUCUCAACAAGCAGGAUCUGCUCGAGGCUGUGGAUGAAGUUUUCUACACAAGCUGUCCCCCGGAAGCGGAAGCGUGCACCGCCACCGGGAAUGCUUUAAGGUUAAUGAGGCAGACGAUGACCCAAAACAGGGCGGGGAUUCGAAAUGACGCGCCCAAAAUCGCAAUUAUUCUCACCGAUGGAAAUACUAACAUUGGUCUUAACAGCACGGAAGAAGCCAUCAGGGCCAAAGCAGAGGGGAUUGCUAUUUACGCCGUUGGUAUUGGUCCUGAUAUCGACUACGAAGAAUUGGUUCGGAUCUCGGCUUUUGAACCAAAGAGAGUUGCUCAGACAACAUUCGGCUUGUUGCCGACAUUGAUUAAGUCUGUUUCAAAGAGGGCUUGCAGGGGUGACUGCGUACCUGUCCCGAGCACCACGUGUUCAAAAUGUAUGCUAAGGUACAACUGCGAGGCCAACAAAUACAGCAUUCCUCUCCAGUGUCCGGAUGACUCAAGUAUCAAUGUGCUGGGCUUCUGUAACGCCGGGGACCUGACGUGCCUGGAUCACAAUCAGAGACAUAAUCCGCUCCUGGUGUUCGCGCGAACCCAGUGUGAUGGCAAGAGCGAGUGUAAACUGGACGUGAUACAAGACUGUCUCUCACCGUCACCGCCUCCGCCUCUCAGAGUGAAUUAUAUGUGCUGCGAGUCCACCAUUAGUUUGUGUCCAUGUCCCUGCUCUCCCAACCCGUGUAAUAAUGGCGGACAAUGUACUCCACUCACGGAGCGGAGUUACAAGUGCGCCUGUCGCCCUGGCUUCACCGGACUGAACUGCGAAACACCACUGUUCUGCGCAGAUUCUCCCUGUCUCAAUGGCGGCACGUGUCAGGCACGUGAUGACGGCUGGGGGUACUACUGCGACUGUCCCGUUGGUUACUAUGGCUUCAAAUGUCAACACGCGCGCACAUGCACAUGUGCAUGCGCGCCAAAUCCAUGUCAGAAUGGCGGCGAAUGCAGCGUCGGGGAGAGAGGUGGACCGAGCUGCAAAUGUCGGCCUGGGUUCACUGGAGCUCUGUGUCAGACAUCACUAAUCUGCAGGGGCAGUAACCCGUGCCAAAAUGGGGGCACCUGUGUCGUGCGUGACGAUGGAUUUGGCUAUUGGUGUGAAUGCCCAUUUGGUUACCAUGGUUACGCUUGUCAACAUAAACAAGCCUGUCUGCCCAAUCCUUGCGUGAAUGGCGGUACCUGCAUGUCUCUGUCCACGGGGGGAUAUACCUGCUCCUGUUACCCGUGGUUCACAGGAGAAAACUGUGAAAAAUCUCAGAUCUGCGACCCUAACCCCUGUAUAAACGGUGGAACUUGUGUGUCUUCUCACAACGGUCACAAUUUCUAUUGCGAUUGCGAAUUUCCCUUCUUCGGGGAAGUAUGCCAGUUGAGUUUCCAGGACUACAUAACGACCCUUAUGUUAACCAGCCCAAUCGUUAUUGGAGCCACAGGUCCUCCAGGACCAGCUGGCCCCACUGGUCCCACGGGCCCAAGCGGAAGCGACGGAGAACCAGGACCUAGUGGCCAGACCGGAUCAACGGGACGAACAGGGGCCAGAGGUGAAACCGGCCAAGACGGUGACGAUGGGCCAGUAGGUCCCACCGGACCAACAGGGGACCGAGGACCCAUUGGAGAGACAGGUCCGGCCGGACCUCAGGGCCUCAGAGGUGAUCGUGGCUCAACUGGUGUUUCCGGAGAAACCGGCUCCGCGGGAAGAGACGGCGAACCCGGGCGACCAGGGUCAGCUGGCUCCACCGGGCCACAAGGACCAGCUGGGAGUGCAGGGCCUCAAGGACCCACUGGACCUGCUGGACCCAGAGGCCAGCAGGGUGAAAUGGGAGAAACAGGUGCGCCCGGUCCUGCAGGCGCAACAGGAGAAGCAGGUCCUAAAGGUGACAGCGGAGCACCAGGUGAACCAGGACGCACUGGUGCCCCUGGCCCCACUGGAGCUCAAGGUGUCUCUGGCGCAUCUGGAAGUCCUGGGAAAGACGGCAACCAGGGGCCUACCGGUCCUGCCGGACCACAAGGUCCGAGAGGCCCUACGGGCACAGCAGGUGCAACAGGUGCUCCAGGUGAACAAGGUGCCCAGGGACGCCCUGGCAUGACUGGAGCUCGAGGCGAGACUGGACCUAGGGGCGCUGUAGGUCCACCGGGACCAGCCGGAUCAGCCGGACCCAGUGGCAGUACAGGUCCCAUCGGGCCAAGAGGGUCAACUGGGUUCAGAGGGGAAGCAGGAGAGAGAGGUCCAAAGGGAGAUAGUGGACAACCAGGGCCAACAGGCCAGUCUGGUGUACCAGGCGAACCCGGACGCACAGGAGACGCUGGUCCAGCAGGACCUAGGGGCCAAACUGGCAGUCCUGGAGUCAGUGGAGGAACGGGUGCAGCAGGGCCAGCAGGUGCCCGUGGGCCUACGGGUGAUCGUGGACCGACUGGUGCAGGAAGCACUGGACCCACAGGGCCCACGGGACCACAAGGACCUGCUGGCCGCACUGGUGCUGCAGGCGCUAAUGGAGAGGACGGUCGUCCUGGACAAACUGGUGCAAAAGGUGCUGAUGGUUCACCAGGCUCCCUAGGUCCAAGGGGACCUACCGGUGCACAGGGUCCUGCUGGAGAUAGAGGCCUACCCGGUGCCAGAGGGUCAACUGGACCUGCAGGCCCUGAGGGUCCCAGAGGAGCAACGGGCGCACAAGGUAGUUCUGGCGCGACUGGACCACAAGGAACACAAGGUGCGCCAGGAAAGGAUGGCAGCCCAGGGCCAACAGGUGCCAGGGGUCAAGCCGGAGCACCAGGAGCUACCGGACCAGCUGGCCCUGCAGGUCCACAAGGUCCCAGUGGUGCACAAGGAAGACCGGGUGCAACCGGCCCUAGUGGACCUGCUGGACAGAGAGGCAUGGACGGAGCACCUGGUGCUACUGGUGCCCCAGGUAGCACUGGAGCUAGGGGACAGACCGGUGACCGUGGUGCAGACGGGGAACCUGGUGAAGAUGGGGCUCCAGGUGCUACUGGACCAGCAGGUGCCCCUGGUAAACCAGGAGCUACCGGGGAAGCAGGUAGACCUGGUUCCAGAGGUGCUCAGGGUCCUCCUGGACCACAAGGCUCUGCUGGCCCAGCUGGUACACAAGGAGAGACUGGUCCUCCUGGUCCUCCAGGCAGUACCGGCGCUAGGGGUCAGGACGGAAGUGACGGCGCGAAAGGUGAUAGCGGUCCACCCGGGCCCACUGGACCCGCGGGAGCGCGAGGCCAAACUGGCACUCCCGGCCUUCCUGGUCAGAGUGGAGAAGAUGGAGCUCCCGGUCCCAAAGGGGAAGACGGUGAAGAUGGACAACCAGGCCCCCGUGGCCCGCCAGGACCCACGGGGCCCAGUGGGCAACCUGGACCUAGAGGAGAGGCUGGUGAACCUGGAAGUCCUGGACCGACCGGUCCUGCUGGUCAGCAGGGAGCUGAUGGUGAAGAUGGACCACCAGGCCCUACAGGUCCUGCAGGCCCCAGAGGUGAGACAGGAGAAGCGGGAAGUUCGGGUAGUCCAGGCCCACAAGGGCCUACGGGACCGACAGGGGCAUCGGGAGAUUCAGGAAUGGUUGACAGUUGCUUUCCAACCUUGCAUUGCCCAGUACCUUGCUACAGCGGAUAUACAUCACUGUGUAACGGAAAUAUGUGGCAGAAUCCAACAGCGCUGGUAAGCAGAGCCGUAUCUCUCAUCGACCAGUGUGGGAUAUUCCCCCGGAAUAACGUCAACUUUCUUUGGCGGUCUUACUGGAUGAAUCCCUAUACCGUCAAUCUUCCUGGCAGCGGGGGGUGCGGCCCAGGAGGGUGUCUCGGGGGAGGUUUCCCAACUGGUAUUCAUUAUGGCGGCUACCCUGGCCCAAACUCUGGGCCCGUAGGAGCACCUUCAGGUCUCAUGGCUCACUUUCAGCCUCCGGACGGCAGCAACACAUCCGUACAGGCGGCGUGGAAAGCAGUCAUGAACGUGAACGGAGGGUCCCCAAUGACUGUAGACCCUCAGAAACUUGGGGCGGGCGGACUGUGGCAGAUCCCAGAGAAAAUGUUCAACGCGACCAAAAGGGCCGCUGAUCGUCGCGCCAUGCAGAACUACUACCAACAGAUACAACGGCAGUUCUGCGUGGAUUGGACACAGAUGCCGUACGGCUGUUUGCGCAACCCCCUUUACUCCGCCAUGGCAACACAGAUGUACCUCUUGGUACAGCCCAGGCCAGUGCCCUCGGGAUGCGCCCAGCAGGCUACGAUGUGGUCCAAUUUCGUUCAGCAGUCCAAUAUGCGGCAAGCGUUUGUACAGAACUGUUACUCAGCCCCGAACUAUAAUCAGUUGAACCAACAGCUUCAGUAUUUUCUUGUGUAAGACGUGUAUCUUCGGCCCAACCGGGCACUGGAUUAUAACAUAUUGACAUGAGGUGGCGUUGGUUUAAUUGACUUUGAUGAUAACGGAAAUGCAACCCGGUUCCAAUUUAUGAAAAGCAAGCAUUUCUUUAUAUUUGCUUUAGAAUUGGUAAUCUGCACUUGAACCAAACUUUCUGGAGUGUGAAAAAUGUAUUCUUUAAUAAAAAGUUGAAUUUGCUGGACUUUAA